AUGUCGACCAUGGAGUGCCUCAAGGACAAUUUCGUCAAGGGUCGACUCUUGGAUGGUCGAUUCCGAACGGUUGCCCCGCUCAACCACGGCUCGUUCGGUAUGGUGUUCCUCGCCACGGAUACCAAGACCGGCCAGGAGGUCGCCAUCAAGUGCCUGACCAAGCCCUCUGCGUCUGAUCCGUCAGCCCCGCUUCUCGUUGACGAUCGCUUCGAAGAGUUGGAGUGCCACCGGCGCUUCCGCUUUCACCCAAACCUGGUCAACUUGAUUCACUCGUUCGAGACCGAGGCCCACAUGUACCUCGUCUUGGAAUACUGUGCCAAUGGUGAUCUGUACGAAGCCAUUCGUCUCAACCGGGGUCCUCUGGAGACUGAGCACGUUCGGGAUUUCAUGCUGCAGCUGAUCAGUGCCAUUGAUUUCAUGCACUCCAACGGUCUCUAUCACCGUGACAUCAAGCCCGAGAACAUUUUCCUGACGUCUGACGGCUCCAUGAAGCUUGGUGACUUCGGUCUUGCUACCCGAGAUUCGUGGUGCUAUGAGGCCUGCGUUGGCAGUGACCGCUACAUGGCUCCCGAACAAUACGAACCGGGUACCACUGGUUACUCGCCAGCCAAGGCGGACAUUUGGUCCGUGGGCAUCUGCUUGCUGAACAUUCUGUUCGCCCGCAAUCCUUUUGUCACACCCACCGAGUCAGAUGUCCUCUUUGCGGAUUACGUGCGUGACCGCCAAUCACUCUUCGAUAUCUUCCCCAACAUGUCUCAGGACACUUACGAGAUCCUGACUCAUGCUUUGGCCAUUGACCCCGAGAAGCGCUCCCUAGCGGAGGUGCGUCUGUGCAUCCUGCGGGCUGUGUCGUUUACUACCGAUGAUGAGUCCCUGGAUGAGUUCUGUACCGAGGACCGCGAGGUUAUCACCGCCAGUGCCAACCGCGAGCCUCUGCGCACCCCCUCCAUUCAGAGCCCCUAUAUCAACCAGGGCGAUUCCUUCCCUUGGGCCAAGGCACUGCAGUCAAGCCCACACCAGCCCGUCCGACAGCUGUCCGUCAUUCCGGACAACGAGAGCUACUCCGAAGAUCUGUUCCCACCCUCUGAGGCGGCAGGUACUUCGUGGUUCUCGAGACAAUUCGACACCCCGUCGAUGGCCUCGGUCUUGGAUUCUGCCAUGGGCGAGUCUUUCCGCUCACUCAACCUCCAUGGCAAACGCAGCAUGCCAUUCCUUCCUCGAUCCGAUCCCGUCCCCAUCACCGGUUCUUUGCCCAGUCAUGCCAGCAAGCCCCUGCCGUCCUUGUCGAUGGUCUUCGGCAAGAACGCGAAUGACCAGAUCUCAAAGAGCUGGAGUGAUCUCUGGGACGAGGAGGAGGAAGAGUCCGAGAAUGAAGAUCUUGAGCUUCAGCAACGCCGUGAGCAGAACUCUCGUAGCUGGAGCCAAGAAAGCCAGGGUAAACACCUCCCGGAUACCCUGGACGGGUUGCGCGAGCCGGCCUCCGCUCCCUCCGAUGACCGAACCAACACUCCGGUCGAUCAACCUACCGUACCCCGUGCGAUCCGAGCCAAGUCCCUCGAUGUCGACAGUGACAGCGGAACUUCCAACAGUACGCCUCGUCCCUUCCGCCAGCCUUCUCCCAAGCCCUCCAACGUGGACAAGUGGGCGGAACUUGGUGACAAGCGUCGCAACUGCAAGACCCGCGAUCUUUUCAGUCCUCAGCGAGCCGCCAACAACUGGCGACGCGAUUGGGGCCUUGGUUCCUCCGGGUUCGAUCAGUCGCCCCGAGCCAAGCGUGAGUCACCUCAGCCUGACCGACGCCGCCGCCUAUUCCUCGAAAAGGACUGGCGUCGUGAACACGUGGAAUUUCCCAAGCAUUCUCCCGUCAAAUUUUCAUCCUACGACGGCAGCCUUGACGAAGAUCUCGAUCUCGUGGGCGGGUGGCACGACCUCCACCUGUAG